AUGGAUUCAACGACAGAACUGUUACCAGAAACCGAAUCACCCCCUACAUCGUCACUGACACCGGCACCAGCACCGGACAACGCGCAAGAAAUUCCAUCAGCAUCUGUCACAAAACAGCCGCCAUCAAAGCCGGUAACACCAUAUCCACAUGCUCUUCUUGAAGCAGCUAUUGCUGGAGUCCUCGAACUGCUGUUAAAACAACGGGGUCAAACCUCAGCAGGUGGCUCGCUGUCGUCUGUAACGCAUGAUUCACUGAUAGCUCAUUUGGAGGCUCUUCAGCGUCUUCCACAAGUAAACCUCAAAGAAAAAACGGAGGAGAAUGAUGUAUCGCCUGCUCCCCAGCAGGUACUUCCAGUUGAAGGAAAUGCCUCAGUGGCAGGAGCGGCACUAGAGUCAGAUGCAGCUACACCGUCAGCCGCUUAUCUGCCUGAACCUACUACUGAAGUUGUGGCAACACCUUCACCAGUGCUGACUGCAGACACUACACCAGCAGUUGCACAACAAGGCAUACUGGGACUAGAACCAGGAUCAGAUGCAGCUACACCAUCACCCGCUAAUGUUCCCGAAUCUACUCCUGGAGCUGUGGCGGCACCGUCCCCCGUGCUCACUGGAGACACUACACCAGGACUUCCACAACAAGGCACACUUGGACUAGAACCAGGAUCAGAUACCUCAUAG